AUGUUCCUCAGCCUCUACUCCACGAACGCAUCCGUCAACCCACUGGAUAGGCCCAUCACCCAAACCGAAGACGCCUGGAUAGUGUCUUUGGUGCCACUUGGAGCCGUCAUAGGCCCAUUCUUGUUCGGAUACCUAUCCGACAGGCUAGGAAGGAAGAUAGGCCUUCUGCUCACGUCCACACCACUGAUAGCAUCCUCCUUCAUCCUGGCGUUUUUCUCGUCUAGCGUUUACGUCAUAUACUUCGCCAGGUUGAUUGCUGGAUUCAGCAUGGGGGCUGGAUACGCGCUGUUACCGGUUUACCUGUCUGAAAUAGCAGAGGACUCUAACAGAGGAAUGGUGUCUCAGGCACUGAAUAUAUUCUGGUCCUUUGGCAACUUCAUAUCCUGCGCUGUGGGUCCGUUUUUGCCGUACAUGGUCUUCAAUAUAGUAAUCGGCUGUAUACCUACAGCUUUCUUCGUGGUGUUCUUGCUUUGGGCUCCAGAAAGCCCGUACUAUCUGGUAUCGAAGGGCGAUAUAGAAGGUGCCAAGCAAACUCUGACUAAGCUCAGGAUGAAUGACGAGAAGGUAGUAGAGGAAGAGAUGGCAUCUAUCAAGGAGUUCUUGGAGAAAGACAAGAAAGGAGGUAUAUCCGAGGUGUUUUCGAAUCCACCAGUGAGAAGAGCAUUCAUCAUCUGUACGUUCUUGGUAUUCACUCAGGAACUUUGCGGGUUCUCGGUUUUCCUGAUGUAUAUGCAGCCUAUUUUCGAAGCAGCUGGUAUUGGACUAUCUUCGGAUAAAUGCUCUCUGAUCAUGUCUGUGGUCAUCAUAACUUCGAGCUUCAUAAACCCAUUUUUCAUUGAUAAGGCAGGCAGGAAGAUACUUAUAGUUAUGUCCUGUUUCGGCAUGUUCAUAUCUUUGACUCUGGUAGGAGCUUUCUUCUACAUCAAGACAUCGACUGAUCUGAGUACAGAUCCGAUAACCUGGUUGCCAAUUUUCAGCCUGAUAUUCUUCAUAUUCGCCUUCAAUUUCGGACUGGGUGCUGUACCAUGGACUCUCACCUCCGAGAUGUUCCCGAAUAACCUGAAGCAAGUCGUUUCCACCACGAUAUCGGCAUCCAGCUGGUUAGCUUCAGCAGUAUUAACCCGUUUUUAUAACGACAUGAAUGAUAGCCUGGGGAGAGCUGGAAGUUUCUGGUUCUUCGCAGGGUACUGCCUCAUAUCCGGAAUCGUGAGCUUGAUAUUCUUACCUGAAACUAAGGGGAAGAGUUUCGCAGAGAUUCAAGAUAUGUUGCAGUCGGACAGUAUUAUUUAUUUCAGAAGUGAAGCAAGAGCUAAAAAAGAAGUAAGAAAUGUGAUGAGUACUCGGUUUUGA